AUUAUGAUCAUAUAGCAUAACAGAUUCAAACCUUUUAUGAGUGCGAACAGUGUUCGUAACGAUCUUUAACUAGCAACAGCUAAGACUGGAUGCGGUGCUAUCAAGGCCCUCGAUAAUACGCGUAGCAGUUAGCAGUCAUCGAAAAAAUUUAUAUCUUUUUGUUCUUAUAAUCAACAAAAAUAAAAAAUCACUGUGGAAACGUAAAAGUGACCAUUUGAUUGUGCAAGAAAACUUACGAUGAAGAAGCUGUAUCUGUGCCUUGUAUUGGAAUUAUGCGUGCUGACCAUGUCGCAAAGAACUGCCUUGGAUACGUCGAUUCUCAAUUCCAUCUACCGUGGAUAUCGUAAUUGGUUAACGCAAUCCUACGGCACAAGAAAUGGCGAUCGAAUGUCCCAAUUACGGAAUAAAUAUAAAUUUCAAAAGGAAGUUCCAAUAGACGUCCCUUUUCCUUGCAAUGUAACAGCCGGCAGGUCUCCGAAAGUUCCCGAGUCGGUUCACCAUUUAAAACCAGGAGACAUAGAUGUCAUUGCCGCAAUGGGUGAUUCCUUGACAAUCGGCGCUGGAGUUACUUCGAUUUAUACGUUCGAAGUGAACAUUGAAAAUAGAGGCAUAGUGGGUAGUAUCGGCGGUCAAGGAACUUGGCGGGAGUACCUGACUCUCCCUAAUAUUCUUAAAAAAUUCAAUCCUAAAUUAAUGGGUUAUUCACUUGGAGACGCUAUAUGUACUGAUCCAGCUGCGCAGUUAAACGUCGCCGAAGCUGGAGCUAUGUCUAAAGAUAUGACUUUCAUGGCGACAUAUCUGGUCAAUAAAAUAAAAGUUGACCCGAGAGUAGAUAUAAACAAACAUUGGAAGUUGAUUUCGUUGAUGAUUGGAAGUAAUGAUUUUUGCUCUAAUAUGUGUGCAACUUCUUCUCCAUGGACUAUGUUAAAUGAUCACAAAAUAGAUUUAAUUCAUACUCUUAGAAUAUUAAGAGACAAUUUACCAAGAACUUUUGUUGCUCUUAUACCACCACCUCACUUAAAGGAACUGGUUGCUGCACACAAAGGAAGAGAGUCAUUCCUGUGCUAUUUGGCAUCCAUGAUUGAAUGCUCAUGUAUGUUUGCUUUACAAUUUAGGGAUCAAAGACCGGAAUAUUAUAAAUUAAUUGAGAGGUUUGUAUAAUUUUCCGAAUUUAACUUUUUAAAUAU